UAGCAUUCAGUGGCAACUAUUUGUAGGGCACCUCUCCUGGAAGGAUAGGCAGUCUGGAUUCCCUUGAGGGAUGUUUAGUGCUCUGCAGUCCAGAGUAAGCCUGAUGGCCAGUCAGAAUAUGGGUGAGCGCUGUGUUACCAAGCUGGACCUUCCUGUUGGACAAGGAGCAGGCAAAGAGACAGCAUCCAAUUCUUCAUCUCAACUACACGUAUGUUCAAGGAAAGGUUUGUUGGAGUCAGGUAACCUAGUCAGUGCACAAGACCCAGCCUUAGAAGAAAGUCUCCAACCUGAAGACCAAAGACAGCCUACAGCCAAUGAGGAAGGUGACAACGACCUCCUGAGACUUCCCUUCCUUAAGAAGCUGUGGAUGAUAGCACACAACAAGGCCUUUGAAUCUGUGAACUGGAGUGAGGACGGAGACAACGUAGUCAUUGAAGUAGACAUGUUUCAGAGAGAGGUCCUCCAGCACAGGGAUGCAGGAAAGAUUUUUGAAAUAGAAAGCUUUAAGAAUUUUAUUUGCCAGCUCUACAUGCAUGGGUUCAGAAAGAUUGACCCAGAGAAUUCUGCACUGCGCUCUGGAGACAACAGUAAAACAAUGGUCUAUUAUAACUUCAAUUUCCAGAGGGACAAGCCAGAGCUCCUGGAGAAUAUUGAGAGGAGCAAAUGGAGAAAUGCAGCUCAGGUAUGUGAGGCACAAUCUCUUCUCACAAGUGGUGAGGACCCAGGACCCAGUCCAAUGAAGAUGAAGCUUUUACCUACCAAGGUAAAUAAGGCCAAGGAAGGUGGUAUGAAGUUACAGCAGGCAUUUAGCAACAAAGAGGCGCCUGCAGGCAACCUUUCCAAGGGACCUUCCUGUCCAUUUAGGAAGAGCAACAUCCCUGUAGGUGCCCCAGACAACUCUUCAUAUCAGGAUAUGUGUAACUCAUGUAAAGAUGGAUCUCCAGGUAAUGAUAUAGAUUAUCCAGCAGCUACUGCUGAGAUGGAAGUGGCUGGGAAUGAGCUCACCAGCUCCUCAUGGGUCCUCGGAUAUGGCUCCAUGAUGUCUCUAUACAAGUUAUGCAGAUCUAUCCUGAAAACUGCUCUCUCAGCCAUAUCUAUAAGGAAGAACAUUGUGAAGGAAGAGGAGGAGGAGGAUGAAGAUAAGGAGGAAGAUGAUAAGGAGGAAAAGGAAAAUGAGGAAGAUGACAAUGAGUAUGAGGAAGAUGAUGAGGAAGAUGAUUACGAAGAAUCUGUGUGCAAUGCUAACCCUCAGCUCUGUUCCCAAGCCUUGCCUUCCACACACUCGGGUCAGCCCAGCUCUUUCAUGGACAGCAGCACCAUUUUUAUGCUGUCAGCAUCAGGGUGA